AUGUUUGAGAUACUGGAACCCAGCGAGAGUGGUUGCCAACGCAUGGCAGAGAUCCAUGUCAAGGCGAUGAAUCCAAACUCACUACUGCAAGCUCAAUUGCCAACGGAUGAGAGCAUCCGUCAGCUUGAAAUCUUCUUGGGCAGAAAUUAUGGACUUGUGAGAAGUUCGCCAACCAACCGAGCUCUCAUAGCUGAGCACAUCACGUCUGGCUGCGUGUCCGGUUUCACGUGUUGGGAAACAGACACCAGCGACCGGGAUCAGCAGCCAUCCAAGAUCGAAGACAGCGAGCUCAAGUACUCAAAAGGUUGCCGAAAGGAGUAUUUGGAGCAGUACGCUGCACUUGCAGCAAACGCCGAGAGUUGA